AUGGAAAGAGAACGUUAGAUUAAAGACUAAAUAGAAUAGCAUGAAAGAGAGAAGGAUCUUUAAAAAGGAAAGCGAGCUAUAAAAAAUAGUGGGAUAUUAGAAGCUUAUGAUCAGUUACUUGAUGAUCUGAUGAAAAAUGGAUUGCCAAAGUUAUAACUGAAUGGAGAUUUGAAAAAGGAGGAAUGGGAAUAAAGAAACCGUAGGCUUCAAGAAAGAGAAAAGCAUAGAAUUAAAACUUCAAUGGCUAGUCAUAGAAGAGCCAGAAGUGAAGAGCAGUCAGAAGAUUCUUAUGAAUCAAGGAAUAGAGGGAGAUCUAAGAGUGUAAAAGGGGGCACUAAAGGUAAAAAGGGAGCUAAGUCAUAAAGAGGAGAUUCCGAUGAAAGAUCGAUUAAAGGCAAGAAAGGAGGCCGAUCAAAAAGUGCCAAAGGUGGGAAAAAGGGAGGCGCAAAAAGCAGGGCUGAAAGUCCUGUUUCCACUAAAGGAGGAAAAGGUAAAGGGAAAAAGGGAACCAAGAGUAGGGCAGAGAGUCCAGUUUCAACUAAAGGUGGCAAAGGAGGAAAAGGAGGUGCAAAGAAGGGUGGUCCAAAAAGCCGCAGAUCAGAAUCUCCCAUUUCUACAAAAGGAAAAGGUGGAGGCAAGGGAGGAAAAACUCCAGCAGCAAAAGGUAAAAAGACAAUAGAUAGUGAUGAUGAAAGAGGCAGGUCAAAGAGUAGAGGCGGGCUUAAGACAGGAAAGAUUGAAACUAAGGAGAGAGCAAAGAGUGCUAAAAAGGUAACGAUUGAUCCUAAAGAUGAUAAAGGCAAAGGAAAAUAAGAAGAAAGCAAGGGGAAAGGAGGAGAAAAAGGCAGAGAUGCCCAAUCUAAGGAUAAAGGAGCACUUUAAAGAAGUUAAUCAUAGGGAAAAGUCUUAGAAAAAGGUAAAGGCUAAAAAGAAGAGGAGAAAUCUAGGACUAGAUAAUAAUCAGCUAGCUCAAACAAAAAAGGAGCAGUUGCGAAUUAGAAAGGUCAACAGUAGUAAUAACUUGCAGCAUCACCUGAUAAGAAUAAACAAAAAGGAGGCAAAGCUGAAGAACUUAAAAACCAGGGAAAAUAAAGUAUAGUGUAACCAUCAAACUCCAAAUAGUAACCGCAACAACAAUAAGACCCUAAGAAACAGUAAUCGCAGCAAGAAUUACUAAAAUCCAUCAAGGGCUCUAAAAUAGAGGAGACAAAGUAAUCUUAACAGUAGGUUCCUGCAAAGAAAAGAUGA